AUGUCGGCAAAGGCGAUUAGAGAAGCGACUGGAAAAGAUUUAAUAAAUCGUAAGCUUCGCAGCGGAACAAAAGCAGCUAAAUGUCGUUUUGUUGCUAUAGACGAAACAACUAAUUGGUCAACAAUUGCCGAUGAACAUCCUUGGUUAAAGACUGAAAAACUAGUGGUUAAACCAGAUCAACUGAUAAAAAGACGAGGAAAACUUGGAUUGAUUAAAGUUAACGCUGAUUUGCCAACGGUUAGACAAUGGGUAGAAGAAAGGAUCAAUAAAGAACAAAAGGUUGAAAAAGCAACUGGAAAACUCAAGACGUUUAUUAUUGAACCUUUUGUGCCGCAUAAACCUGAAGAAGAAGCUUAUGUCUGUAUCUAUUCUCAUCGUUCAGCAGACACUAUUUUGUUUCAUCAUGAGGGUGGAGUUGAUGUUGGUGAUGUUGAUGCAAAAGCACUCAAACUUGAUGUUCCAGUUGGCCAAGAACUUCCGGAUCAGGAUACCUUGAUCAACAAACUUCUUGUAAAUGUUCCAGAUGCUAAGAAAAAAAUGAUUGCCAAAUUUAUAGACGCCCUUUACAAUGUUUACGUUAAUUUAUACUUUACAUAUAUGGAAAUAAAUCCAUUGGUGGUGACUGAUGAUACUAUUUACAUUCUUGAUCUUGCGGCUAAACUUGAUACCACCGCUGACUUUAUUUGCCGACCUGAUUGGGGUGAAAUUAAUUACCCACCGCCAUUUGGACGUGAUGCAUACCCAGAAGAAGCUUACAUCGCUGAUUUGGACGCUAAAUCUGGGGCAAGUUUAAAAUUAACCAUUUUGAAUCCACAGGGUCGUAUCUGGACAAUGGUAGCUGGUGGUGGUGCUUCGGUUAUCUACUCAGACACAAUUUGUGAUUUGGGUGGUGCCUCUGAGUUGGCUAAUUACGGAGAAUAUUCAGGUGCACCUAGCGAACAACAGACAUACGAGUACGCUAAAACUCUUUUGAGUUUAAUGACGAAAGAAAAGCAUCCUGAUGGAAAAGUACUGAUUAUCGGUGGAGGUAUUGCUAACUUUACAAAUGUUGCUGCUACAUUCAAGGGAAUCGUUAAAGCACUCCAGCAAUUCCAGCCAUUACUUGUUGAGCAUGAAAUAAAAAUAUUCGUAAGACGUGCUGGUCCAAAUUAUCAAGAAGGGCUGAGAAUAAUCCGUGAAGUAGGACGUCGUUUGGGAAUUCCAGUAUAUGUAUUUGGUCCUGAAACACACAUGACAGCUAUAUGUGGAAUGGCAAUGGGAACAAAACCAAUCCCAGACCCAGAAGCUCAAGAAUUUUCUACUGCUAACUUUCUUUUACCAUCAGGACAAGACGUUGGCCCUACAUCACCACUAAACACUAAAUCCACGGCAGCUUCACCGCCAGAAAAGCAACCUAAAAUAAAAACAGUUGAUUCCGUAGACUCUGCUGAAUCGCAACAACUUUUCAGCAAAACAACACGCGCUAUUAUUUGGGGAAUGCAAACAAGAGCGGUCCAAAGUAUGCUGGACUUUGAUUUUGUUUGCAGAAGAUCUGUUCCUUCAGUAGCAGCGGUUGUUUAUCCAUUUGUCGGUGAUCAUAAACAGAAGUUUUAUUGGGGACACAAAGAAAUUUUAAUUCCUGUUUACAAACAAAUGAAAGAUGCCAUGACGAAGCAUCCGGACGCUGAUGUAAUGGUUACAUUUGCAUCAUUACGUUCUGCGUAUGAAAGUACUGUAGAAACUCUUCAAUUUCCACAAAUACGUACGAUUGCCAUUAUUGCGGAGGGUAUUCCAGAAAAUAUGACGCGUAAACUUAUUUUAAUGGCUCAUGAAAAGAAUGUUACGAUAAUUGGACCCGCAACGGUUGGCGGUGUUAAACCAGGAUGCUUUAAAAUAGGUAACACCGGUGGUAUGAUGGAUAAUAUUCUUCACAGUAAAUUAUAUCGUCCUGGCAGUGUGGCCUAUGUAUCAAGAUCUGGUGGUAUGUCCAAUGAAUUAAAUAAUAUAAUAUCGAAAGCGUCAAACGGCGUGUUUGAAGGUGUAGCGAUUGGUGGCGACCGUUAUCCUGGUACAACAUUUAUGGAUCACAUAAUGCGUUAUCAAAAUAACCCAGAAUCAAAAUUGAUCGUACUCUUGGGUGAAGUCGGUGGAGUUGAAGAGUAUGAGGUCUGUGAAGCAUUAAAAAGUGGAAAAAUAACUAAACCAUUGGUAUCAUGGUGUAUUGGUACGUGUGCAUCAAUGUUCAAAUCAGAAGUUCAGUUUGGUCAUGCUGGAUCUAUUGCUCACAGUAAUCUUGAGACAGCAUCUUCUAAAAAUGCAGCCUUAAAAGCUGCUGGAGCUUUUGUCCCAGACAGUUUUGAUACUCUCGGAGAUUUAAUUGGCUCUGUGUACCAUAACUUGGUCGAAAAUGGUACGAUUGUUCCAGAACCAGAAGUACCACCACCUACAGUGCCUAUGGACUACUCAUGGGCUCGUGAAUUAGGAUUAAUUAGAAAGCCAGCCUCGUUCAUGACAUCUAUUUGUGAUGAACGUGGACAUGAGCUGUUGUACGCUGGUGUACCAGUUACUGAAGUAUUGAAACAAAAUGUUGGAAUUGGUGGGGUUGUUUCUUUACUUUGGUUCCAAAAAUGUUUACCACCUAUUUAUUGUAAAUUUUUGGAAAUGUCGUUGAUGUUGACGGCUGAUCAUGGACCAGCAGUAUCUGGUGCACACAACACAAUCGUUUGUGCACGUGCUGGUAAAGAUCUUGUCAGUUCAUUAGUAUCUGGAUUACUGACUAUUGGAGACAGAUUCGGUGGUGCUCUUGACGGUGCCGCACGAAUGUUCUCCGAAGCAUAUGACGCGGGUCUUCAUCCACAAGAAUUUGUUAACAAUACACGGAAAAAAGGCCAACUUAUUAUGGGAAUUGGACAUCGUGUUAAGAGUAUCAAUAAUCCUGAUAUGAGAGUCAAACUUAUUAAAGAAUAUGUAAUGGAAAGUUUUCCUGCAAAACCAUUGGUCGAAUAUGCUCUUGAAGUUGAGAAAAUUACUACUAGCAAAAAACCUAAUCUUAUUUUGAAUGUUGAUGGUAUGAUUGCAUGCGCAUUUGUUGAUAUGCUCAGGAAUUCUGGAUCAUUUACGAGAGAAGAAGCACAAGAGUAUAUUGAGAUAGGAGCAAUCAAUAGUUUAUUUGUUCUUGGACGAAGUAUUGGAUUUAUUGGUCAUUACAUGGAUCAAAGAAGACUAAAACAAGGAUUGUACAGACAUCCUUGGGACGAUAUCUCAUACGUCUUGCCAGAGCAGUACAAUUAA